UAAUGGCACGAUAGUCACUACUGUUCCACCUCCUGGCAACACCACAUGUGAGUCUAAUGACAUGACAACAAAUGAUGCAUCACCUACUAACAACACAACCAGCAUUUCCCGAAGCACUACUGGUACACAAGGUAAAGGUGACUGUGUAAAUGGAUAUCUGAGUGGCUCAAUGUGCGUUUGUGAUGACAAUUUCCAUGGCAGCCAGUGUGACUUAAUUUCCAAUGAAAUAAGACCAGGUGGGGGUCCAUUCACGGCUAAAGUUAAAGCCACAGUUGUGGUGUUGAACAAGGGUUACUCAAUGGACCUAAUCGACAAGACGUCCGAAGAAUAUAAAACAUUUGAAGCUAGAUUUGAAAAUGAGAUUAGAAAAUUGUAUGAAUCAGUCACAGGCUAUGAUGGCGUCAGAAUCACCUCAAUCAAACGAGGAAGUGUAGUGGUGGAGCAUGAAGUGCUGAUCAAUAUCAACUUAAUAAAUGGAACUGAGCAAUACACGACUGCGGUCAGAGAACUUAAUGAAACUCUCAGUGGGACAAACUGCACCUCUAAUGAUCCAGGUUUCUUGGAGUUCGAUGUAAGCAGAACACAGGUCCAAGACAGAGCACUGGAUGUUUCAGCUCUGUGCUCAGAGUUGAUCCCGGAAGAUAUGCGCCAAUAUUUUUCUGGGGUGAACGAAUCCAAUAAGCUCCUCUGUUCCAGCAACUGCAGCUCUAAGAACCCAGAGUUCUUCAACUGUAACGCGGGUCAGUGCUCAAUCAGUAAGGCCGGACCUCACUGCUACUGCAAGACCUCAGACCAGUUCUGGUACACAGGGGACCGAUGCGCCAACUCUGUUAGUAAAGCAGGAGUCAUCUCUGGAGUUACAAUCGGACUCGCUGUUUUGGCCCUUACAAUUAUUACUCUGCUAAUCAUCGUCUCUCGACGUGGGAAAAAUAAAACCAAAGAGAGGUUAAUUGACAAUGAACAGUCCUGGUUUGAUGUUUGGGAUGGUGAAAAGUUUGAAAAAGGCCAGAUUAAGAACUCAGACUCCAACAGCACCUCUGGGGUUCAGAGACCUGAAUAUGAUUCCGUGGAUUUCAGGCCUGCACUGGACAAAGUGGACCGAACCAUUAAGGUAACAACUGCCAGGGCCAGAGUGGGUCACUAAAUCUAUAACCAUAAGUUGUCAUCAUCUUGAAGACCUUCUACAGAUGAAUCUGCGUGUACGGCUUAUCUCCACCAGGCACCCACAUGAAAUAAUUACAGUUAUUCAUUUUUCUCAAUAUGAGUAACAAAUAGUUCACACAUGUAAAUUUCAUGAUAUUUUUUACAGCUCUUACAUUAUAUUUGGGUAGGCUACAUGGCACAAACAACCAAAAACAUAUGUAUGUAGCUGAUAUGGGACACCCAUUAUAUGGCCAAAAAUAUCACAACACAAUUUAAAAAUGACCUGCCCUCUAUUGGAACACCCACCACUGAAUUCUAGACUGUUUUAGGAACAACUUCAACAAAACACUGUGGGAUUUACAUUGGUUCUAUGCAUUUCAUGUUAAUCAUGGGCUAUGAUUAAGCCCAUGAUUAAGUGCCCUGGGGGGCAUGAAACACGUAGGGCCAAUGGAGAUACUUUUCCUUUUUUAAUGAAUGUACAAUAAAUAUUAUAUUUUUAUCUUUAAUUUUGGCAGCCCUUGUCGAAUCUUUCUGAGUGCCCGAUACCCCUUUUUUUGUAUGUUACUGGUAAGGAUGGGCGAAUUUGAACCGUUUCGUUUUACCAAAAAUUCACCUCCAGCGAAAUGUUGCGGAUGCCCAUUAAAGUCUAUUGGCGUCAAAAAUGUUUUUGACGCACGUCUUUUUUUUUUUGGCGCACAAUUCCA